UUUUCCGGCCUCCCAUUCCUCGCGCGGCGACCACCCGAUUCGAAGCGUGCGGAGAGACCGAAGAAGCGGGAGAGAUGGCUCGUACCAAGCAGACUGCUCGCAAGUCCACGGGAGGGAAGGCUCCCAGGAAGCAGCUUGCCACCAAGGCUGCCCGUAAGUCUGCCCCCACCACUGGUGGAGUGAAGAAGCCUCACCGCUACCGCCCUGGAACUGUUGCCCUCCGUGAGAUCCGCAAGUAUCAGAAGAGCACUGAGCUGCUGAUCAGGAAGCUGCCCUUCCAGAGGCUCGUCAGGGAAAUUGCACAGGACUUCAAAACUGAUUUGCGUUUCCAGAGCCAUGCGGUGCUUGCCCUCCAGGAGGCUGCUGAGGCAUACCUUGUUGGCCUGUUUGAGGACACCAACCUGUGCGCCAUCCAUGCUAAGCGUGUGACCAUCAUGCCAAAGGACAUUCAGCUGGCAAGGAGGAUCCGCGGCGAGAGGGCCUAAUCGCCACCUCAAACAUCGUGACAAAAACAUGAAGUCCUGGGGUUAUUGUUAAUCUGGUGCCAUUGUAAGGACAUAUGAGUAGGGUUUGUUUUGUGGAUCGCAAGUUUCUCUUCUGCUACUGUUGCUGCUACCUUUGCUGGUGUUAUUGCUAGGGUCGAAUACUUAAGUUAACUAUGCGCUGACAGUCUGGACUAGCAGUGUUAUGUGCGCUGCUGGACCUUGCGCGCAAUGCUGUGGCCGAUUUGUUCGUUAAUGUCAAGAAUUGUGUUACAGUGCGUGUAUAUAUGUGUGUCGCCGCAUUUUUAUUUUUGAGAAUUGUUUUAAGCUGAUGUUUCGUC